UUCAGGACGAUAAUUGGGUGGGUUUCCGAUGUUCUACUGGGCCGAUCAAUGCGGAGGCCCAGUCCCCACGCGCCCCUGUUUUUGAUAAGUGGACAGAGAUAGAGAAGUGCCGAUAGCGACAAGUCCGAUAACCGUCAAAAAGUUUUGAUUCUGGCCAUUGCCAAAACCCCCAUCGCAAUUGAACAACAGUUCUUCUCGACAUUUUCCUGAUUCUUUUUAAUCCCUUCUUCUAUCAGCAAGCAGUGUUGGAUGGCUCAUCUUUUUCAAUCUCUGCGCCGAGUCUUGGGGCUGACUCCCUCUAAGCCCGUUCCAAAAUUUUUGGGGUCAAUUGACACGAAUUUUUCUUAUUUUAGAGAGGGCGACAGGGUCGUUGUCCAUGGCAAAACUCCAUCGUUAACAAAGCCCCUUCGAAGAGGGCAGAAGACCGAUGUGCGACGAGGAAUACUGGAACACGAUAGCAUCAUCGGCCAGCGAGUACGAGAUCUUGUCAAGGCGCAUAAGGGCCCUGACUACCGCCUCAGCCUUCCGACCCUCGACGAAUAUGUCUCCAUGACACCGCGACUCGUCACACCAAUCUAUUCCGCUGAUGCCAACUUGAUUGUCUCCCUCCUCGAUAUCCACGUCACUCCCCCAGCAGAAGGAUCCCAGGAACAGCCACCGUUGGAAAUCCUCGAGUCCGGCACGGGUCAUGGCUCCCUAACUCUACACCUUGCGCGCGCGAUCCAAGCAGCCAACUCAGUUCCACCUCCCGUACCACAGAAAUCCCAGAUCCAAUACCUGCAGGGCCGACCGAUCCGGCCCGGAACCGGCGCGGAGAAGGCAGACCCCAAAUCGACCAGCACCACCGCCCAAGAAUCACCAGACGAAUCCGCCCAGCACCAGACUCAGCAACAACAACAACAAUGGGACACCUGGCGCGCCCACCGAAGAGCCAUCAUCCACACCGUAGACGUGUCCCCCAAAUUCUCUGUCCACGCCGAGAAGAUCGUGCGCGGGUUCCGCCGCGGAAUCUACGCCGGCAACGUCGACUUCUACGUCGGCCACGUGGAGAACUGGAUCGCAGAGCAGAAGCAGGCACGCGCGUCGAGAUCCCUCCUCUCGAGCGGCCCCACAGUCGAGCCGUUCCUCUCCUACGCUAUCCUCGACAUGCCCUCCGCGCACCUGCGCAUCCCCCACGUCGCCCCCAUCCUGAAAAGGGACGGCAUCCUCGUCGUGUUCAUGCCGAGCGUGACCCAGGUCGGUGACUGCGUGGACCUCAUCCGGCGGCAAAAGCUCCCCUUCAUCCUUGAGAAGGUCGUGGAGCUCGGCUCCGGCAUCAGCAGUGGUCGGCUCUGGGAUGUGCGGUUUGCCGUGAAGAAGUCGCGUGCCGACCCGUCCUCGUGGACUGAGGCCGCGGACUCGGCGGAGACAGAGGAAGACUCUUCUGAUGCUGCCGUAGAAAGUGCGCCUGCCGCUCCUAAAGAAGCUGCAAGGCAAGAGGAGAGCGUGCUGGUCUGCCGACCUAAAGUCGGGACCCGGAUCGUGGGCGGAGGUUUCGUCGGCGUGUGGAGAAGGAUAGAAGAUUCGUCGAAGGAGUAGCCUAUUUUGCCUGUUUCUGGAUGAGGAACAUGUCAGGAUACCCAUUUGUGACAGAAUAUCGCAUUGCAUCCCCAUCAUCCUCCUGCACUG